GGGACCCGCCCCGCCUGCUUGGGGUUCUUCUCUCCCAGCUCUCCAUCUGUGGCUGAAGAAAGGACCAGCCGUGGGCCAUGCCGCUGUCCCUACUCCUGCUCUUCCUCCCUCUCCUCCCGGUGGCCGAGCAGCUGAUGGACACCAGGCACUUUCUAAUCUACAAUGAAGAUCACAAGCGCUGUGUGGAAGCUGUAGGCCCCGCAGCCAUCCAUACUGCCGUCUGCAACCAGGAGAGUGAAGCCCAGAAGUUCCGAUGGGUGUCUGAGUCCCAGCUGAUGAGCGUCGCCUUUAAGUCCUGCUUGGGCGUGCCCUCAAAAACGGAUUGGGUCGCUAUCACCUUGUAUGCCUGUGAUUCCAGCAGUGAACUCCAGAAGUGGGAGUGCAAAAAUGAUACCCUCUUUGGGAUCAAGGGAGAAGAGUUGUAUUUUAACUAUGGCAAUAGACAAGAGAAGAAUAUUAUGCUGUACAAGGGCUCAGGUUUAUGGAGCAGAUGGAAGAUAUAUGGGACCACGGAUGAUUUAUGCUCCCGAGGUUAUGAAGCCAUGUACACGCUGCUGGGCAACGCCAACGGGGCCACGUGCACCUUUCCGUUCAAGUUCGAGAACAAGUGGUACGGAGACUGCACAAGUGCGGGUCGAUCGGACGGCUGGCUCUGGUGUGGGACCACGGCAGAUUACGACACGGACAAGCUCUUUGGAUAUUGCCCCUUGAAGUUUGAAGGAAGUGAAAACCUAUGGCUUAGAGACCCAUUGACAAGCCUUUCCUACCAGAUAAAUUCCAAAUCUGCUUUAACUUGGCACCAGGCAAGAAGGAGUUGUCAACAACAGGAUGCCGAACUCUUGAGCAUCACAGAGAUACAUGAGCAGACAUACCUGACAGGAUUAACCAGCUCCCUGACCUCAGGUCUCUGGGUCGGUCUGAACAGUCUGAGUUUCAACAGUGGAUGGCAGUGGAGUGAUGACAGCCCAUUCCGAUACCUGAAUUGGUUACCAGGAAGUCCAUCUGCAGAGCCUGGAAAGAGCUGUGUGUCACUAAACCCUGGGAAAAAUGCCAAGUGGGAGAAUCUGGAAUGUGUCCAGAAACUCGGCUAUAUCUGCAAGCGGGGAAACACUACCUUGAACCCCUUCAUUAUCCCAUCAGAAAGUGAUGUGCCAGCUAAUUGUCCUGCGCAGUGGUGGCCGUACGCAGGGCACUGUUACAGGAUUCACAGAGAGGAGAAGAUCCAGAGGGAUGCCUUGAAGGCUUGCAGGAAGGAAGGGGGAGAUCUGGCCAGCAUCCACAGCAUUGAGGAGUUUGAUUUCAUCAUCUCUCAGCUGGGAUAUGAACCCAACGAUGAGCUAUGGAUAGGAUUAAAUGACAUCAAGAUUCAAAUGUACUUUGAAUGGAGUGAUGGGACCCCUGUAACGUUCACCAAAUGGCUCCGCGGAGAACCAAGCCAUGAAAACAACAGGCAGGAGGAUUGCACUGUGAUGAAAGGCAAGGAUGGGUUCUGGGCUGACCGCGCCUGUGAGAAACUUCUGGGCUACAUCUGCAAGAUGAAGUCACAAGGCCAGAGUCCCGGACCAGUGCCAGUGGAUCCUGGCUGCCGGAAGGGCUGGAAAAGACAUGGUUUUUACUGCUAUAUGAUUGGUCACUCACUUUCAACGUUUGCAGAAGCAAACCAGACCUGUGACAGUGAGAAGGCUUACCUCACAACUGUUGAAGAUAGAUACGAGCAAGCCUUUCUGACUAGCCUGGUGGGAAUGCGUCCUGAAAGGCACUUCUGGAUUGGCCUUUCCGAUGUACGAAACAAGGGGACCUUUCAGUGGACUAUUGAGGAGGAGGUGCAGUUCACUCACUGGAAUGCAGACAUGCCAGGACGAAAGCCAGGGUGUGUCGCCAUGAGAACUGGGAUUUCAGGGGGCUUGUGGGAUGUCUUGAGAUGUGAAGAAAAGGCAAAAUUUGUGUGCAAACACUGGGCAGAAGGAGUAACUCGCCCACCUGAGCCCACAACAACUCCUGAACCCAAAUGCCCGGAGAAUUGGGGCUCCAGUGGUAAAACAAGAUUGUGUUACAAGCUUUACACAAAAGGAAAGCAUGAGAAGAAAACAUGGUUUGAAUCUCGAGAUUUUUGUAGAGCUAUGGGUGGUGAUCUGGCUAGUAUCAAUAACAAAGAGGAACAACAAGCAAUAUGGCGAUUAAUAACGAGUAGCGGAAACUACCAUGAGUUGUUUUGGUUGGGACUGACAUAUGGAAGUCCUACUGAGGGUUUCACUUGGAGUGAUGGCUCUCCUGUUUUAUAUGAAAAUUGGGCUUAUGGAGAACCUAAUAAUUACCAAAAUACUGAAUUCUGUGGCGAAUUAAAAGGUGACCCUGGGAUGGCCUGGAAUGAUAUUAAUUGUGAGCAUCUUCACAACUGGAUUUGCCAGAUCCAAAAAGGCGAGACACCAAAACCAGAACCGACGCCAGCUCCUCAAGACAAUCCACCAGUCACUGAAGAUGGGUGGGUUAUUUAUAAAGAAUACCAGUAUUAUUUUAGCAAAGACAAGAAAACCAUGGAUGAUGCACGAGAAUUUUGCAAGAAGAAUUUUGGUGAUCUUGUUACUAUUCGAAGUGAAAGUCAGAAGAAAUUUCUGUGGAAAUAUGCCAACAGGAAAGAUGCACAUACUGCAUAUUUUAUUGGCUUACUGAUCAGCUUGGAUAAAAAGUUCGCUUGGAUGGAUGGAAGCAAAGUGAAUUUUGUAUCUUGGGCCCCAGGCGAACCCAAUUUUGCAAACGAUGAUGAAAACUGUGUGACCAUGUAUUCAAAUUCAGGAUUUUGGAAUGAUAUUAACUGUGGCUACCCAAGCGCCUUUAUUUGUGAAAGACAUAACAGCAGCAUUAAUACUACAGCCAUCCCCACCACAGCCCCGCUCCCGGGAGGUUGUAAGGACGGUUGGUCCUUUUACAAUAACAAGUGUUUCAAAAUCUUUGGAUUUGUUAAAGAAGAAAGGAAAAAUUGGUCUAAGUCACGGACAGCUUGCAUAGAACUUGGAGGGAAUCUGGCAUCCAUACUCAAUGAGAAGGAGCAAGCAUUUAUCACCUAUCACAUGAAGGACUCCUCGUUUAAUGCUUGGACUGGAUUGAACGAUGUCAAUUCGGAGAACACAUUCCUCUGGACAGAUGGCCGAGGGGUACACUACACAAACUGGGGCAAAGGGUUCCCAGGAGGACGGAGGAGCAGCAUUUCUUUUGAAGACGCUGACUGUGCAGUUAUUAUUGGAGGAAAUUUAAGGGAUGCGGGGAAAUGGAUGGAUGACAACUGUGACAGCACACAAGGCUACAUAUGCCAGAUGCCUUCUGACCCUUCCUUGACUAAGCUUGCAACUACAGUUCCAACAGAUGACUUUAUUAAACUUGGUGAGAGUAGCUAUUCCCUUACAAAAUUAAAGUUGCCAUGGCAUGAAGCAGCUGAUUAUUGCAAGCUCCAUCAUUCCCUGAUCGCCAGCAUCCUAGACCCCUACAGCAAUGCCUUUGUGUGGCUGCAGUGGCUACAAGUGCAGUCCGAGCCCAUCUGGAUCGCUCUGAACAGUAACAUGACCAAUAAUGAAUAUGUUUGGGCUGAUAAAUGGAGACUGAGGUACACGAACUGGGGAGCCGAUGAGCCCAGAUUGAAAUCAGCCUGUGUUUAUAUGGAUGUUGAUGGCUACUGGAAGACAAUGCACUGCAAUGAAAGUUAUCAUUUCCUCUGCAAAAGAUCUAGUGAGAUCCCUGCCACUGAGCCCCCUCAGCUGCCUGGACGGUGUCCCGAGAAAGACCACUCAGCCUGGAUUCCCUUCCAUGGUCACUGCUACUAUAUUGAGUCAUCAUUCACAAGAAAUUGGGGCCAGGCUUCCUUAGAAUGUCUCCGAAUGGGUUCCACUUUGGCUUUCAUUGAAAAUGCCGCGGAAGCAGAUUUCCUGGCUUACCGGGUUGAGCCUCUUCAGAGCAAAACCAGCUUUUGGAUAGGAUUAUUCAGAAAUGUGGAAGGAAUGUGGAUUUGGUUAAACAACAUCCCAGUUUCCUUUGUCAACUGGAAUGUAGGAGAGCCCUCCGGUGAACGAAACGAUUGCGUAUCUUUGUUAGCAACUACUGGACUCUGGAGUAAUAUUCAUUGUUCUUCCUAUAAAGGGUUUAUUUGUAAAAGACCAAAAAUUAUUGAUCCUGAGCCUACUCAGACAAUAACUACAACAAAAGCCGACACGCAGAAGAUGGAACCUUCCAGACCCUCUGGCACGGCGGGUGUCGUGGUCGUCGUGUUCCUGAUCGUGACUGCUGCCGGGCUGGCUGCAUAUUUCUUUUUCAAGAAGAGGCGCGUGCAUCUUCCUCGGGUGGACAAUUUUGAGAAUACCCUCUAUUUCAACAGUCGAUCGAGCCCCGGGACCAGCGAUACCAAAGAUCUUGUGGGGAACAUCGAGCAGAACGAACAUGCCGUCAUCUAGUGCCCUAAGCUCACCCACCCCUCAACGUCAGGUCUUGACUUCAGUGCCUUCAAAACUCUGUCCUUUUUUUGUUUGUUUGUUUUAGUCCUGUGCUGAACACAUGGAUGCCGAUGCAGACCACCAGUGACUUACCCUCGGAUGAGGCUUCAUUAACACAAGCUACAGCCCCCACAUCAAGGUGUUAGUGAAAAAGAUAAAGAAAUUUUGGCUCCUUUUCAAGCCUGGCAAGAGAUUCUCUUUUAUGGCAGUGUUGACCAUCACUUCAAAAAUACACAGCUAGCCUCAAAGUGCCGACAUGGUUGUCUUGUGGCUGUGACAUUCCUUGUACCUACCUGCAGAUUAUAAGCCAGAAACAGACCCGUGGAGUGUCUGCAGUAGGUAACGAAACUCCAGAAGAGCUGUUUCAAAAAUCCAGGACAAGUGGCCCCAGGUGGCCUAGAGAUAGUCCCUUACUUUCUUCAUACCAAUCUCCUUUUUUUUUUUCACUCCAGUGAUUAGAAACGUUCAUGCAAAGAGAGAAUAACACAGCUGAGAAGAAGCUUGCUUUCCCGAAGCAGGGUGUCCCAGGCUGGAUAUCACAAAUGUGUUCUUUGUUCUAGUUUAUGUAUAUCAAGAAUACAAAGAUGUGAAGUGAAAGUGUAAAUUUGCGUUCCCUGGAUAUACGUAGGUAAUGUGAAAUAUUCCUUGGAGACAGGGUCUGUUUUUAAUAGAUUUGUAUUUUGGUGAUGUUGGUCAGCGUCUUUUCUUUUCAAGGAGACUUAUUUAUCCAUUUCCCUGACAUUUUAUACUUAAAACAACUAAUAUUAUUAGCAGAGGGAUUCUUUCACCUCUUUGGAAAAGAUUCCUUGUUCAAGUUCUGUAUGUAAAAUAAAUUUACCAUCAUACCUGGAAGCACUUUCCAGAUCCCAUCUUUUGACCCAUAAUUCAGCAAUCAAAGGCAUUUGGAAAUUAGGUCUCUGCACAGCUCUCUCUAACUCUGAUAAUUCCCUUUUGCUUCAUGUACAUUGUGCAGCUCUGUGGAAGUUUCCCACCUCACAGGUACUAGACUUUUGGCUUCUCCUCGUCUCUCCCAGAUCCUGAGCUGAUGUCCUUUACCUGAGGGUCUUGGACAGAAACUUCAUGUGGCAUGAAAGGGUCCUGGGAGCACCUACUCCAUACCAGCUGUAUACAGAAUGUUGCCUGUGCUUAUAUUUGUGCCUCAUUUUCGGGAUAGAAGGAACAAAUUACAUUCUCCAGAAGUCCAAAGUUCAAUAAAGCAUGUUGGGGUGGGGGUAGAUGGCAUUUUCAGUACCCAAGAGAGGGACAGGUAGAAUAGGAAGUGAGAGAAGUGCAGCAUUCCUGAGGGCAAAAUUGCCCCCCUUGCAUGCCUCAAACACUAGAGAACAUGUUGCUUUUUAUUUCCCUCUGUAAGAACAGAGCAUGGUUCAUCUGCAGAAGUUCUAGUGGUAACAGUCGCUGCCACACCAAGUCCUGUGUGGUUAAUCAUGUUAUAAAGAAAUUCCUUUUCUCAGAGGAAUUCUCUUCUGGACAUAUUAGAAAUAUGGAAUGAGGAGAAAUGUAUGAGUGAGUAUGGCUUACAAGUUAUUCUACACAGUCCUUGUAUCUUUUGUAUGUUUGUGUGUUUGUUUGGGGGCUGCACCCAGCAGUGCUCAGGAAUUAAUCCUGGUUCUGUGCUCAGGGAUCACUCUUUUGGUAGCUUGAGAGACCAUAUGGUGUGCUGGAGAUCAAACCUGAGUCAGCCACUUGCAAGGCAAGUGCCCAAUCUACUGUACUAUCUCUCAGCCCCCUUUAUUGAAGAUGAUCCUUUUUAUUAUAAUUCAGAGUUGUGUUUCAGAAAACACUUUGCCUCUUAAGCAACACAUAUCUCCUACUUCCAUGGCCUAUCUCCUCUGUGUUUGGCAGAGAAUAGAGGAUCAUACUUCACAUGCUCAUAUGAGCCAUUUAAACAUGUCAUCAAAUAGAUAAUUCAUUGUACCUACUAUUCUACCCAAUCCUCAAACUAAAAUAUGGGUGAUAAUUGGGUGGGGGAGGAUCACGAAGAGAAGAGUGUUUUGUUGUGGUGUGUGCAUUUGUGUAGGGCUUUGAUUGUUGUUGUGCUUUGUUUUGUUUUGAUUUAACCAGAAGUUCUCCCGUAGAUGAUAUGUCUUCAUGGUCUCUAUAGUGACUUUGUACUUGCUUCAGGCUUUCAUCAGAAUUCAGUAGCUGGGAGAUUCUUAGGCCAUCACCCCCACUGCCCCAGUUGAACACAAACAAUGUGAACGGUUUGUAACUUGAACUCUGAAAAUAAAAGUGACAUCUGUAAAGAC